AUGACGUGCAACACGCCACCUGCUACCUGCGUCUCAUUUGACUGUUCCAAUAACUCAGUUUACAACAGUACUGAUGAGGAACAGGCGGCCCGAAUGCCACGGAAAAGAUGCAGCGACAAUGCACUCGAUAUACAACUUGGAGCUGUCAGAGCAAAAGUGCAAAAGACCCGUCGUCUACGAGCUAACGACCGUGAACGCAACCGAAUGCACAAUUUGAAUGACGCAUUGGAUCGCUUACGCUGUGCGUUACCUUCCUCCAGCGACGAAACAAAGCUAACCAAAAUUGAAACAUUGAGGUUUGCCCACAACUACAUCUACGCUCUGGCUGAGACGCUGGCAAUGCUGGACGGAAGAUCGGAGCGGUUUGACCCUGUGCUGGCUGCCGUUGCUCUGCAAGGCUCUCAAACGCGCACCUGUGACCCGAGUCUUAAACACACUAUCCGGAAGCAGAUAGCUAAAACCCUCAACCUGAACGACGCACGUCUCCAGUUGCAAGAAGAGAACGAGCUCUCUUGUUCUACAUCCAAUACUUCGCCUAUUGCGUUAAUGUCCGGUUCUGGGAAUACGGCCAGCGGCAGCCUACCUGCAAGCCCAGUGAGCUUCGAGGAUCGGUCUUCACCAGUCUCGUUUUCGUACUCCUCGCAGACGCAACUCCUUCAGGAAACGAACAAAGUCACCGAUGUAAUUCUCCUAGGAGAUCUGGAUCUUGUUCCAGCAACGUUCCACUCAUAAAGUUUACGCCUGAUAUCAAGUUCCUACUUGGAACUAGACGUGUAACAUCAUCUCAGGAGUGUGCAAUAGACUUCGGCAGUAACCCAGUGAGCUGA